ACGUGAGGAACCCACACUCUCACUCACUCACUCCCUCACUCACUAGAAGAAGCUCCUGCACUGAGCUUGGACCGAUGGCCUCGAGCGGUGCAAUGGUGUUGGCCAUGAUGGGCCUCCUCGCCGGGCUGGUGUGCCCUGCUGCGGCGGCGGGGGCGUCGGAGUUCAUCUCCAUGCCCACCGACGACGUUAGCCGCGUCCAUGCCACGUUCUGCCCCAAACUGGAGGACAUUGUGCGCGACAAGGUGGCGGAAGCGCGCAGAAGGGACAUCGGCGUCGUCGCCGGCCUCCUCCGCAUCUUCUUCCACGACUGCUUCCCCAAUGGCUGCGACGCGUCGCUCCUGCUGGAGCGAAGUCACCUCUACUUCAGCGAGCGGGACAGGCCCCAAAACGGCGGGCUGCACCAGGGCGCGCUCGAUCUCAUCCAGCGUAUCCGCGACGCCGUGCGCGACGCCAAAUGCACCGACGUGUCCUGCGCCGACAUCACCAUGCUCGCCACCCGAGCGGCCAUCAGGCAGUCCGGGGGCCCAGACUACGCCGUGGUGCUCGGCCGGCAGGACAGCAUCGAUCCCGCCAGGUUCGACCAGGUCGACCGUUUCCUGCCCGCUCGCGACGCCAAGAUCGGCAAACUCAUCGAGGUCUUCCAGAGCCUCCGCUUCGACAAGACUGACCUCACCGCGCUCUCCGGCGCGCACACCAUCGGAAAGACAAGCUGUGGGAGCCUCGAGAGCCGCACCGGGGAGGCCGCCUGGUUCGUCGACGCUAUCAAAAGGAAUUGCAACAACUCUCUGGACAAGAAGCACGAUCUUGACGUCGCCACCCCCAACGAUUUCGACAACAAGUACUACGCCAACAUCGUUGCAGGGAUGGGGGUGCUCAGCACCGACAUGGAGCUCCUCAACGACCCCUUCACCAGAGAUUUGGUCCAUAAGUGGGCUAACGACAAGGAUGAUUUCUUUCGGAAGUUCAGCGACGCCAUGGCAAAGAUGGCCCGUUUGCCCGUGAGCGGAAAAACCGAGUUCCGUGACAACUGCUUCAGGCGCAAGUCUAUGAGGGAGACAUUCAACCUCACUGCCGAGGGUUUCGCGGCCUCAGCUUGAGAGAUCUAUGGGAUGGAUCACCAUACAUCCACGACCAGUGGCCCAGUGCCAUGCCAUAUGUGCAUGUAAUAAGAGCAAUACACCUAGUUUAUCUUUUGUUUGAUUCAAGUUAGCGUAUGUAUGCCCACCUAGUCUAGUCUAGUCUAGAGCCACUCGUCUGGGCCUUGUAUCGUCUCAGUUCAGCAACUAUUCCAGCUUUCUGGGAGUUGCUGUCUAGUUUUAUCCUAGAAUUAUUUUCCAUCCUUUAGGUUUUACGCCUGUUUCUGUCAUGAAAAUUAAUGAACAAGUAAGAUUUUGUAUUUUA